AUGGCGAUGAAUUUUGGGGACCGUGCCAGCGGAUUCCGCCACAGUGAUGUGAUCAGGUUCAUUAACAAUGAAGUCCUCACGGACGGCAGUGGCCCAGCCUUUUACGUGGCCUUCCGCUCGCGGCCGUGGAACGAGGUAGAGGACGGGCUGCGGGCCAUUGUGGCUGACUCGCAGGUGCCGCGCGCCAUCAAGAGGGCCUGCACCUGGAGCGCGUUGGCUUUGAGUGUGCGAGUGGCCGCGAGGCAGCGGGAGCAGAUGCUGUAUCACGUUCGGAGGCUGCAAAGGCAUGUGGAGGAGGGCCAGGCGACCUCCUGGGCUCUAACGUCCCAGUUGCAGCAGCUACGCCUGGAGCAUAAGGUGGCAGCAACACAGCUGCACCUUGCGCAGGCUGCCCUGCAGCAGGCGCUGAAUGAGCGUGAUGGGCUGUACGGGAGGCUGCUCCAGGUCGAGAGGUUUCCCCAGGCCGCUCCACUGACCCAUGAAAUAAUGUCUGGGCCUCAAGCAGAGCAGAAUGGGGCUGCGGCAUGUCCCCUGGCUACAGAGCAGCAGAGAGAUAUGGUGGCCAUGGGGACACAGGCUAAUGCCCAGAUGCCAACCCCAACAGAUGCUCUUUAUGUGCCAGGACCUCUGAGUCUCUGGGCCCAAGGCAUGCAACCUCCUCUGCCAGUGCCAUAUCCAUCCCCACUUCUACCACGAUUUCCAAUGAAAUUCCCAUUUUUGCCACCUCUACCACCUGCUGUAGUCAUGGGGGCAGAAGCAGCAGCAGUCCCACUUCAGAUGCCUCCUACUGAGAUCCACCCACCUUGCCCGUGGCCUGCGGUGGGCUUGCAGGAGGAGAUGGCCCCUCAGUGGUACCAGAGAAGCUACAUCCAGGAGGAAGAUUCCAAAAUCCUUCAGGGGUCAGUCCCCUUAGAAGACAGCAGAAGCCACAGUCAGGGAGAAAGUUCAGAGAGGUCCCAAAGAAUGCCCCUCCCUAGGGACAGUGGGUGCCACAACCCGCUGUCAGAGAGUCCCCAGGGGACAGCUCCACUGGGGAGCAGCGGAUGCCACUCCCAGGAAGAAGGUACAGAAAGACCCCAGGGGAUGGUUCCCCUGGGGAACAUAGAAAGACAAAAUCAGAAAGAAGGUCCAAAGAGGGCCUGGAGGAUGCGCACCCUGGUGUUUCGCAGGAGCCACAAACCAGAAGGUUCAGAGAGGCCUCAGGGGACUGUCCCCCAGGGAGACAGAAGUUACAGCCAGGAAGGAUGUUCAGAGAGGGCCCAGGAAAUGGCCACCAUGGUGUUUAUCAGGAGGCGCAAACCAGAAGGUCCAAAGAGGCCCCAGAGGACUGUCCUCCAGGGAGACAGCAGAAGCUACAGCCAGGAAGGAAGCCCACAGAGGGCCCAGGGGAUGGCUACCCCAGUGCUUAGCAGGAGCUGCAAACCAGAAGAAGGUCCAGAGAGACCCCAGGGCACUCCCCUGGGGGACAGCAGGAGCCAUGGUGUCAGAGAAAGCCCAAAGAAAUGGCAACGUCGGAGGCAGAAGGCCAAGAAACCAAAAGUGAAUAAAGUCUCAGGAUCCCAGCAACAGGAGAAGCCUGCCUCAUUUCCAAUUCCAGUGAAUUGGAAAUGCCCAUGGUGUAAAGCCAUUAAUUUUUCAUGGCGUACAGCCUGCUAUAAAUGCAAGAAAGCCUGUGUGCCAUUUGAGAGUGGAGGACAAACUCACUGAUUUCAGGAAGGUAAG